GCCAUGUUGACACGUUUGGAAAAACAACUGUCAGCUCUCUGUCAGGACUUGCGUAUGAAACAUGAAACAAUGUCUAUCUAUCGUGAAGUGAUUAAUAUACGAAAACGUCUGGAACGUCCACCACAAACGCGAUUCCCUCCGUGUCCUUUGUUGCCGAACGGGAUUGUUCGAAAUCCGGCCGUGUUUUGA